GCGACCCCUUUUGAAUUUUGUCUGGGUUCGCAUGUUUAUUUCGUGGCAGUAACUCCGUGUUGUCAGACGAAGAGGCUGCAUCUUUCUUCAAAGAACGAAUAAACACGAUCAAGUGGCCAAAGCCUUUGGCUUUUAAGGUUUAAAUCCCUUUGAGGCAAAGGGCCAGCCAAGAUGGCGAAUAACUUGGGUGUUAAGUCUCUUCUCAGCUGGGUUAACAGUAUAAAACUGUCCGACCGAGAAAUAACUACCAACGAUUUACAAGAUGGGACAGUCUUACUGAAACUUGUUUAUAUGCUGAAAAAGGAACCCAACUCCUGUUUCAGUAAUUCUGUUGAGGAUCGGUUUAACCUCAUUGCAGACUUUGUGGAAAGAGACUGCAGAUUUAGUGCAACCAAAGGCACUUCAUUGUCUUGGGACAACAUAAGAGAUGGCAUCAACCUAACAGUAGAAAUUGCAAAGGUGCUUUUGUUGCUCGUAUACCAUGACAUAAUGAAUGAGCGCUGCACUCUGAACAUGUUGGAAUGCGAUGUGGAGCAAGAGAUAGCAAACCUAACUGGUUCCUUUGUGAUGGAGAGCGAGGGCUACGUUUAUCUGAGCAAUAGACUUGAUGCCUAUUUGGCAAGGAGACUUUUGCCUGUCUCUCGUGAAAUAUUUGAGCGAUCAGCAUCCACCUCUACCUCCAAUGUGUCGACUAUCUCCUCGCUCUCAGAUGACGAGUCCCCGGUCUUCCACCGCACACAGAAAAUCACAUUUGUGGACAUGCAAACUGUGGCUUCUUCCUCAGUCAGCAAGUCUCCUCUCCAGGAUAUCAUGAACACACCUAAAUUUCAGAUGAGGAAGAUGCAACGACAGAUGAUCAAGGAGAGAGACUACAGAGAUGGGUUGGAAAGGGAGCUGGCCAGCAAGCUUGCACUCAUUGCACAAAGAGAGUCCCAUAUUAACCAGUUGCAGUACCGUCUGGAUAAGUUGAAAGAAGAGCAAGGUGAUCAGGAGCAGGUUACUGGGGAACAAAUCAAUGAGCUUGAGACGAAGAACAACACGUUACAAAUGCGUCUUAAGGAGAUGUUAAAGCAAAAUAAAGACUUCAAGAGUAACUCCUCACUUAUGGAGCGCAAAGUGGAUGAGCUAACAGAAGAAAAUGGUGUACUCUCUUCCCAGGUGAGAGCUGUGUGUUCACAGCUGGCCAUCUUGGAGGCAGAAGUUGGCAGGCUGACAGACACCCAUGCAUCUGCUCAGGAGGAGUGGAGAAGCAAAACAUGCCACCUAGAGUCUGAACUCAACCAAGCUACUGCUCAAAAGGAGCUACUGACUGAACAAAUUCAGAUCCUCCAGGGAAAGAUUUCCUGUUUGGAGGAUGAAAUAAGCAGGGCCACUAAGGAAGAUGUAGGAGAGAAUAUGGGGCCUGUAAUGGAGAGAGAAAUGUUUGAGACUAAAAUAAACAGUUUGAAUAAUGAGCUGGAGAGCACAUUUUGCUCCCUGAAAAAUGCAGAGAUGGAGAUUCAGGCCAAAACACAGCAGUUGGCGGAGUAUCGGGAUGAAAUUACUCAAAAGAAGGAUCUCCUGAAGCAACAGAAGUCCCACACUGAAGAAAUGAUUCAAGCCAAGGAUGAAAUGAUAGACAAGUUGCAAAAAGAGAUCACUGAGCAGAGAGUAGUCCUUCAGCAAGAGAUCCAAGAUCUCAAGCUUCAACUUCAGCAAGUUGAGCAGCAGAAAACCGAGCAGAUGACAAGACUACAACAGCAUAUUGCUGCUUGUGAACAAGAAGUUGAAAAACUAAAGGAAAUGAAGAAAGAGAAGGAUGAUCUUCUCCACCAGACUGAAGAAAAGGUGAAAGAUCUCGAAAUGAAGUUAUCUGCUGCCAGUUCCCUCUUGGCUGAUAAUGACCAACAAAUGAAAAGUCUCACAGAAGAAGUUGAUAUUCUUACAGAUGAAACCAGAAAAACCAAAAAUGAAGUUCAAGCCAAAGAGGAAAUGCUUGCCAAAUUCCUUAUGGAGAAGUCUGAGGAGCAAGAAAUUCUUUAUAAUAAAAUCCAGACCUUGACAGUCCACGUGGAAAACCUUAACUUGUCUCUCAAACAGGCUGAGCAGGAAAUUCAACUCAAGCAAGACCUACUGGGUAAAACCCAACAAGAGAAUAUGCAACAAAGGGAGGUACUCCAACAACAGAUUGUAACCUGUGAAGAUGAGGUUCGGAAGUUAAACAACGAGAUACAGGUCAGAAAUGAGCAGCUUGUUGUUCUAAAGAAUGACAGCUCUCAACAGUCUGAAUCACUGGAGCAAGAGAUUAAAGGUCUAAAAGACCAACUAGAAAGUCUGAAGGACUCUCUCAGACAGGCUGAGAAACAAGUUCAGGCUCAAGAGGUUAUGCUUACAAAGCAGGAGCAGCAAAGUGCUCAUCAGUCAGAGCUCCUGCAGCAACAACUGUCUGCUUCUGAGGAAGAGGUGAGGAGGAUGAAAGAGGAGAUCCAGACUAAAGAAGAGCAGAUGAUAGUGCUGAAGACUGCCAGCUCAGAGCAGUCAGAACUAUUACAUCAAGAGAUCCAAGAAUUAAAGAAACAGGUUGAGUGUCUUAGUUCCUCACUGAUGAAUGCUGAGGAGAAUCUGCAAUCCAAGGAAAAUCUGUUUGCUGAACAGCAGCUACAGAGCUCUCAGGAUAUGAAGGCUCUCCAGGCGCAGAUGGUAGCAUCUCAAGAUGAGGUGAAGAGGCUAAAUGCAGAGAUUCAUGCUAAGGAGGAGAAGAUAAUUCUGCUACAGACUGAGACCUCUACACACUCUGAAUUGCUACAGCAGGAGAUUGAAAGUCAAAAACAAAUUGAGAGUAUGAGCAAUUCUCUUGAGAUCGCCAAGGACCAGGUUCAAGCCAAAGAAGAGUUGAUGGCCAGGCAGGAGCAGGAGAACACUUUGCAGAUUGAGGCACUAGGAAAGCACAGUGCAGUUCUUGAGGAGGAGGUUAAUCGGCUGAGAGAGGCGAUCCAAACUAAAGAGGGUGAGGUCAAUAUGUUAAAGGUUGAGAGCUGCAAGGAGUCAGAGGUGCUACAUAAAGUGAUCCACUCUCUUAGGGACCAAGUGCAAAGUUUGAGCGAAUCUCUGAAGACUACAAUAGAGCAGGUUCAGGCUAAAGAAAACCUGCUGACUCAGAAGGAAAUGGAGAUUUCUCAGGAAAAACAUGAAUUUCAAAACAUGAUGACAUCUUCUGAAGAGGAGAUGAAAGGGCUUAGGGAGCAGAUCCAGGCUAAAGAGGAACAGCUGGUCACACUACAAAAAGAGGGCUCCAAACAUUCUGACAUGCUACAGCAAGAGAUUGAAUGUCUAAAAAACCAACUAGCUAAUAUGGGUGACUCUCUCACAAAGGCUGAGGAGAAGGUUCAGACUCAGCUAGCUGUGCUCACCAAACAGGAGCAGGAGAGCGCUCACCAGAAGGAGCUUCUCCAGCGACAGCUGUCUGCUUCUGAGGAAGAGGUGAGGAGGAUGAAAGAGGAGAUCCAGACUAAAGAAGAGCAGAUGAUAGUGCUGAAGACUGCCAGCUCAGAGCAGUCAGAACUAUUACAUCAAGAGAUCCAAGAAUUAAAGAAACAGGUUGAGUGUCUUAGUUCCUCACUGAUGAAUGCUGAGGAGAAUCUGCAAUCCAAGGAAAAUCUGUUUGCUGAACAGCAGCUACAGAGCUCUCAGGAUAUGAAGGCUCUCCAGGCGCAGAUGGUAGCAUCUCAAGAUGAGGUGAAGAGGCUAAAUGCAGAGAUUCAUGCUAAGGAGGAGAAGAUAAUUCUGCUACAGACUGAGACCUCUACACACUCUGAAUUGCUACAGCAGGAGAUUGAAAGUCUGAAAAAACAAAUUGAGAGUAUGAGCAAUUCUCUUGAGAUCGCCAAGGACCAGGUUCAAGCCAAAGAAGAGUUGAUGGCCAGGCAGGAGCAGGAGAACACUUUGCAGAUUGAGGCACUAGGAAAGCACAGUGCAGUUCUUGAGGAGGAGGUUAAUCGGCUGAGAGAGGCGAUCCAAACUAAAGAGGGUGAGGUCAAUAUGUUAAAGGUUGAGAGCUGCAAGGAGUCAGAGGUGCUACAUAAAGAGAUCCACUCUCUUAGGGACCAAGUGCAAAGUUUGAGCGAAUCUCUGAAGACUACAAUAGAGCAGGUUCAGGCUAAAGAAAACCUGCUGACUCAGAAGGAAAUGGAGAUUUCUCAGGAAAAACAUGAAUUUCAAAACAUGAUGACAUCUUCUGAAGAGGAGAUGAAAGGGCUUAGGGAGCAGAUCCAGGCUAAAGAGGAACAGCUGGUCACACUACAAAAAGAGGGCUCCAAACAUUCUGACAUGCUACAGCAAGAGAUUGAAUGUCUAAAAAACCAACUAGCUAAUAUGGGUGACUCUCUCACAAAGGCUGAGGAGAAGGUUCAGACUCAGCUAGCUGUGCUCACUAAACAGGAGCAGGAGAGCGCUCACCAGAAGGAGCUUCUCCAGCGACAGCUGUCUGCUUCUGAGGAAGAGGUGAGGAGGAUGAAAGAGGAGAUCCAGACUAAAGAAGAGCAGAUGAUAGUGCUGAAGACUGCCAGCUCAGAGCAGUCAGAACUAUUACAUCAAGAGAUCCAAGAAUUAAAGAAACAGGUUGAGUGUCUUAGUUCCUCACUGAUGAAUGCUGAGGAGAAUCUGCAAUCCAAGGAAAAUCUGUUUGCUGAACAGCAGCUACAGAGCUCUCAGGAUAUGAAGGCUCUCCAGGCGCAGAUGGUAGCAUCUCAAGAUGAGGUGAAGAGGCUAAAUGCAGAGAUUCAUGCUAAGGAGGAGAAGAUAAUUCUGCUACAGACUGAGACCUCUACACACUCUGAAUUGCUACAGCAGGAGAUUGAAAGUCUGAAAAAACAAAUUGAGAGUAUGAGCAAUUCUCUUGAGAUCGCCAAGGACCAGGUUCAAGCCAAAGAAGAGUUGAUGGCCAAGCAGCAGCAGGAGAACACUUUGCAGAUUGAGGCACUAGGAAAGCACAGUGCCGUUCUUGUUCAGGAAAAAGAAGUGCUGAUGGCCAGGAUACUCCAGGCGGAAAAGGAUCAGAAAGCUCUGGAGAAACAACUUGAAGCCAUGGUGUUUGAGAAGGAGAGGCUUGCUCAAGCCAAGCAAGCCAUGGAGAGAGAGAACAUGGCCUCCCAUAAACUGGAAUCAGUGCUACAGCAGGAACUGGAAAUAUUGAAAACUGAGAGAGAGAAACUCUUGAAAGACAAAGAAAAAACUGAGAUUCUAAAGGGAGACCUCCAGGAACAACUCUCAGCCAAAUCGGAGGCUGCAGAACACUACAAAGCACAGAUGGAGAAGGCAGUGAGUCAUUACAAUAGCAAGAAGCAGCUUCUCCAGGAAAGCCAGGAGGAGGUGGCUGAACUCAAGCAUUCCUUAGAAGUUAAAGAGCGUGAAGUAAAGGCCAUUACCAUGGAAAACAAGAUGCUUCAACUGGAUUUGGACAAGGCCCAAACCAAUGAGAAGAAACUUUUGAGCACGGUGGCCAGUUUAGAGGCACAGCUGGCCUUUGCUGACCAUAACCUGCGAGUACAGAAUAAGAUUCAUGGUAAAGAAAGAAGUGCAACGGAGUCGUGUUUCUUUGAGGUUCCCAACACACACUCACAUGCUCACACUAGAGCACAAGUGAAGAGGACCAUGAGCUCUGACAGCCUGGACCAGAGCUCUCUGGAAGACUCUUUGAAUGCAACAAGGAAACUUUCAGCACCUGAUGAAUCAAGCACACCGCUUGUUCGCAGUUCAGAGCGCUUGGCAGACAAACGCCGGGGUCUACAUGCCGAGUCACUGGAAACCCUUUACUUUACUCCUGUAAACAACAGACAGAUCAAUAGGACCAGUACAGAGCACAACAUGGAACUGGAUUCAGUCCGGAGAAAUCCAAGUUCUUCUGUCAAAAGACGCAGGACCACACAGGUUAUUAACAUCACCAUGACCAAGAAAACCCCAGGCGGCGGUGAAGGUGAUGAGACUUUCUACAGUCUGGCCUCAGCUCGCUCCCAACCAAACCUCUCCAGUGCCCACUCUGCACGACCCGGGUCUAUGGAGCUGUUUGACACACCUGCCAGAAUGAGUGGCACUGCCAACGACCAGCUCAUCGGUCUCCCAGGGUACAGGCGGAGCACAGUUCAUUCACAGACCACUAGUACAUUUUGCGUGGGGGCAGAGAACGAGCCAGACGGGGCACCUGAAGACUGGAUGAGGAUCGCUGAGCUCCAGGCCAGGAACAAGGCCUGCCUUCCUCAUCUGAAGAGCAGCUACCCUGUGGAGUCUGAGACUGGCCGUGGCAGUGUAUUCCUUUUCACAGACGAAGAACUCCGUACGGGUGACCCAUCUGACACAAUCCGCCGGGCGUCCACAAUGCCUGGCCAGCUGCAAGACUCUCUUGCCUCUCAUCGGCACUCCCUCAUGUUGGGACACUCGGGUGCCGCAGCCAGUACUCGUUCUCAUCGCCUGUCCUUGAUGCCAGGCCAGCUGCCAUCAAAAACGGUCAGCUCUUCUCAGCUGAGAAGCCCGAAAGGCACAAAGCGGUCUUCAUCUACAUUGUCUGUACAUCAAACUUCGCCUGAGAAAAAGGUGAGGGCCAGCUGCUUCCCCCGUCCACUCACUCCCAAAAACAAGAACGUGAUCAGUGGACCUUCCAGCUCUCAUCUUAACCCUGCCCUCAGUCCAGCUGAGCGGAGGCAGUCUAUGAUGUUCACUGUUGACAACACCCCUAAGAACAACAACUACUUAAAGAAGGGGCUGAACAAACUACGCAGCUCCACCCGGAAAUCCCCAGGCAAAAGUUCAAAGAAGUCGCCCGCUCAGACAUCUGCACGUAAGUGCCAGGAAAACAUGCCUUCAGGAAAUUCUCGCGCUGGAGUGGGACGAGCAGGCAGAAUUGGCAGCUCUAAGUCACCCCAGGUGGUAACUAAAGGACAGAGGAAGUCUCCACGAGCGACCAGCAGGGCUGCAAAGUCUCCUGGACUGACGGCUAGUGCUCGCAAGAAGCGUGUGUCUGUAAUCGAAGAAAACCUUGCUGCGUGUCUUAAAAGAUGAUGAGCAGGAUGAAGGUGUGAGGACUGGUUCCCAAAUUGGAGUUAUGAUCAUCUACAGUUCUACUUGAUAGUUUUUAAUUUUUAAUUUUUUUUUUUUUAAUUUUCACAAACGCAAUUUAAUUUUUUUUUUAUUGUCCUCCUUCGGGACUUUUUACAGUCUUGUCUUACGCUCCCUUUAUAUUCUCUGUAUUAUAUUUACAUGUUUGUCAAUAAAAAGAUUUAAAUGACA